AUGACUGAAAUAUGCCAAAUUGCUUCUAAUUCAUCUGAUAAAUACAAAAAGCUUUUAGCUAAGAUAAAAGAAAUGGAAAAAUUCAUGAUUAAUGUACGUGGUAAACUCAUUACGAUGCAAAAAGUCAUUUGUGCUGGCUUUGGACAAGGAAAUGAAUAUCUAACAUACGCUUCUGUUUCUCUUGAUAAUUUCUCUGUUGCUGUCAGUUCUAUUAUCAGAAUUCCUCCUGGCAUCGCUUCUGAAAUCAGCUGUAAAAACAAGAACAAAGUCCUUAGCACAACUUGUAAAGACAGAGAAAAUUCUAGGAUGCAAGCUGUCACUAACGCUCCUAGAAGACAAGCUGCAAGAGAAACUGAACACUUCGACCACUGCAUAAUAGCAUAUGUGCUAAACAAAGAUGUCAUUGAUGCUUUAAUAAAGAGAAACUGUUCUAGACUGAUGAUAAAAUCAGCAAUUUCUGAAGGCGAGUCAGAGGAUGAGUUUCCUGAAAGACCUUGCAAGCGCAUUCUAAAGUUUAACAACAUCAUCUUUAACAUUGAUGAGAUUGUGAGAGCAAACUUGGGUAACAGCAUUUGCCAGUUGUUAGACAGAAAUCUCAUCAGCCUAUCUGAGAAACCAGUUCCUGAUGACUUUGAUGGCAAAGGUGUUGAACCACAAAUUUCAACUCCAUCUUUCUCUUGUGAUUUAUCUCCAAGUAAAGGAAGCCAGUUGACAAAUGCAAAUACAUGUUGA